AUGGCAGCCACCACCGAGGCUCAAGUCCAGGCCAACGGCACCACCAACGGUACCACCGACUUUAAAACCAAUGGCGCAACCAACAGCACAACCAACGGAACGGACAAGAUCCAAAAUCACAAAUAUGACCCCAAAUUCACCCAGAGUCUGAUUGACGCCAUGGGGCCCAACACGCCCGACCGAGCCCGGUUCGUCCUGGGCAACCUGAUCCAACACCUGCACGACUUCAUCCGCGAGACAGAAUUGACGCCUGAGGAAUGGAUGCGAGGAGUCAAGUUCAUCAACUCGAUCGGCCAGAUCAGCGACUCGAAGCGAAACGAAGGGCAACGGAUCUGCGAUGUCUUGGGGAUCGAAUCGCUGGUCGAUGAGGUCGCCAACAAGAUCAUGCUGGACAGCGACGAGACGCCAACAUCUUCAACCAUCCUCGGGCCUUUCUGGAGCCCUCACGCGCCAUUCCGUGAGCUCGGCGACAGCAUCGUGCAGGACCCUUACCCUACCGGCCGUGUGACCUUGAUGCACGGCGUGGUCAGCGACUGCAAGACCGGCAACCCCAUUCCCAACGCUGUCGUGGACAUCUGGCAGGCCUCGGCCAACGGCAAAUACGACUUCCAGGACGACAACCAGUCGACCAACAACCUGCGCGGCAAGUUUCGCACAAACGAAAAGGGCGAGUACUGGUACUACUGCUAUCAUCCCACCGCCUAUUCUUUGCCCACCGACGGUCCCGCCGGUGUUUUGUUGAGGCUGAUGGACCGUCAUCCCAUGCGGCCCGCCCAUAUUCAUCUCAUGGUCAGUGCCGACGGCUACAGGUCGUUGACUACCCAGCUAUACCCGCGUGACGACCCCUACGUCACCAGCGAUUCGGUCUGUGCCGUCAAGGAGGACCUCUUGCUCGAUUUUAAGCCCUCCAAGGAUCCAAAGGCCGAGUUGGAUCUCGAAUAUAAUGUCACUCUGGCCCCGUUGAAGCCGGGCCAGAAGGCCGGUUGGGUCCAUACUGUUUUCUAG